CACUUUUUUAAACCCCACACCCAAGCUUAUUUCUAUAAAAGAGGUUCUCCCAUUCCCAUGCCGAUCCUAUCGUUCCCGGAUUUAUUGACUGCUAUCAUGAUCGCCGCGUCCUCCCAGAUCCUCGGCCUGCGGAUCAUCCCUUCUCCCCCGCGCUCCGCCGCUCCUCCCUCCCCUCGAUCCGCCACCUCCCUCCGCUCGCCGCGCAUCUCCGCGGCGUACACGGCCGCGGCGGAGCGCCGGCCCCCGCCCGCCGCCCUAUCUCCGGCUUCGAACUCCUUCGCGUCGCUCUACGACGUGCUCGGCCUCCCCUCAGGCGCUACCGGCCAGGAGAUCAAGGCCGCGUACCGGCGGCUGGCGCGGGCGUGCCACCCGGACGUCCUGGCCACCGACCGGAAGGGCACCUCGGCCGACGAGUUCAUCCGGAUUCACGCGGCCUACUCCACCCUGUCCGAUCCCGACAAGCGCGCCGACUACGACCGCAAGCUCCUCCUCCUCCUCGGCCGCCACCGCCGGACCAUCCGCCACUCGCCACAAGCGACGCCCUCUUCCUCCUCCUUCCAGCCUUUCUCGCGCUCCCCUUCUUUCCCCGGCUACGGACGCCGGACCUGGGAGACCGACCAGUGCUGGUAGGUCGUUCGAUCGGGAUCCAGUGUCGGUGGAGCCGUCCGAUGGGAUUCGGACGAAGUAGAUCGAAACCUCUAUAUAUUUCCAUCAUUUCUACCGACGGAUCUGUAGCCACGUGCGGCCGCCGGAGCCGUGAGAUGAUAUCGUUGGGCUUUGGUCGGAUCUAGGUAGCUUAAGGUGGUGGGUGUGGAUGGAGCCAGGUAUUAUGUAAAGCUGCCACAGCCAUCUUCUUCUUCUGAUUUCUUUUGGUACUUGCUUGUAAAAAAUAUUUCAGGUUUUGUAACCCUUCCUCAUCUAUGAGAGUUUGAUAUAUGUAAAAUACUAUUAACAUAACGUAGUAGCGAUGUUAAAUGUUCUUGU